UCAAAAAUGAUAUUGAGAGGACCGAAGAUGAACAAGGAAUUUGAGGUUUGCUUUUUCCUUCUCGUGAUUUUAAGAAGUCAUUGCGCUGAAGCUUCCUCCAUUGGAUGCAAUGAGCCUGAUUGCAGCAAGGCGAAAUUCAACUACGAUCGUGAAAGUUGUCUUGGUCCAGUGAACUGGUCGGAUAUAACUCCAUGCUGGUCACAAUGUGGUGGUAACCGACAGUCCCCAGUCAACAUCAGGCGAGCUGACGCCACCUUUUCCAAUAUUGGAUCAUUUACGUUCAAUAUUGGUGUUCAGCAAGCUUUCCAGGUCUCAACAUUUAGCAACGGAUUCGCAACAACUUUUAAAAUAGAGAAUGCAAACAUUAUUCUCUCUAAUGUAAACCAGUUUGGUCUAACUGGUAGCUCCUUCAAACUAGAUGGAUUUCACUUCCACACCGGAAGAUACAACAGCAUGAUGGGAUCAGAGCACUCGUUUGACGGAGAAUUUACACCGUUAGAGCUUCACCUGGUAUUUUACAACACAAAAUACCCGGAUGUCAACACCGCUAGUACGCAAUCGGAUGGACUGGUGGUCAUAGGGGUUUUGGUGCAGGCUCCCGGUGGAGUAUGGAAUUCACAGUUUCCUGAUUGUCAGAAAACUAAUCAAGCAGAGCUUAGCAGAGUUUUAACAAAAGCUUUCAAAAAGACAGAGGACUAUUCUGAAGAUGAACCAUUUUUCGCUGAUGUAGCCCUAGAGGAUUUAUUACCAUCUGACCAAGAAAGCUUCUACACAUAUGAGGGAUCGUUAACCACGCCCUCUUGUUCUGAAUCAGUCACGUGGAUUGUGAUGAAGUGUCCUAUCACCGUCUCAGUAAAUGCCAUUGAAAAUUUCAAGAAUAUCAAAAUACAAAACGGCGAAGAAGAGCUUGGAGUUCAUGGCAGUAGAAGGCCGGUGCAAAGAGGUCAACAGAACACACCAUUCACUUUGCUGAGAAAUUUCUGAUAAUGUUAUCUAUAUGAUUAAGUCAGAAGAAACGUGUUUCAAAAUCUAGUAUCAAAAUCAUAGCACAAAGAGGAAUACCAAGAAAUAUAGUGAAUCUCGUAUUUUAAUUUCGUUGAUGGUUUGAAAACGGAAUUUUAUAUUUUUGUCCCCAUUCUCAACAAAGAAAAUCAAAAAUUUCUUAACUUAAAGUUAUGAUAAGAAUUAUGAUUAUAUAAGUUAAAAUAAAACUUCUACUGAAUAAAAAGUAGCACAUGAACAAUAACACCAAUAAAUGAAUUACUCCUAUAAUGUUUAUGCCUCCUGGUGAAUAAAAGGUGUAUAAAACACAUUUCACAUCUCAUGUUUGAUCCGAGAACUCUGAAUUAUGUCUCUUCUAACCCUAUUUAGCUUGAAUUUGUAAAUCUUCGUUAAUCAAAUAAUAUAAGUAAAUGUGUUGUUUUUAUAUUGAUAAAUCUUUGGUGUGACUUUGGUGUGACUGGAUCAGUCUUAUAUCUAUUGCAAAGUAGUGGCCCAGCUGUUAGCAGCAACAGUUUGACACGUUAAUUAAAUUAAGCAGAAAGUAUCUUUUUACAAAUUUUGAUACAUUUUUUCGCCAUAACUGCAAUUGACAGAGGGACUCGUGUUGAUUGAUUCUAUGAUUUACUAGUAUACCGUUGUAUCCUUCAGUCAAUGAACAUCAUAUAUUACAACUUCAUUUUAAUAUAAUUCCUAGGUAUUCAUUUAUAAAAUAAUGUUAGUCGAAAUAUCAUUUUGAUGAUCAAUAAAAUGUAUGUU